AGCUGGGCGGCGGGGAGAGAAGCACAGGAGUUCCCUUUUAAAGUCCGCGAUCGAAGAACGGCGCUGGCGUUGCCCUGCCGGCCCUGUUGGCCGUGGCUGCAGCGCGGGCUGCGUGUGGCACGAGUGGGUGCGGGCACAACGGGAGAGGCUCCGGAGGGCUCCUGGGCGGCACCUUGUGUGGGACCUUGUUUGCUGGGCCUGGGGUGGCAUUUGCUGCUGCUGUAAAGGUUUGGAGGCGUCGAUGGGUGAAACCCUCCUUGGGUUUCUGAUAAGCUCGCUCAAGGCGCUGGCUUUACCCGGAGGUGUGGUCCGUGCAGGUGUUACCCGCGCAGGUGUCGCUGACCCAAAGCGCACAGUCGCAGUGCAACCCCAGCUCUUCAGUGCGUUUUGGGAAGUUGGGAAAGUCACACUUCAGUGGUGAGCCUGAACAACUUACCUGUGAAAGGAACGGAAGUUUCCUGAAGUUUAGCCUAAGGUGUGAAAGGACUUCAAGCCUGCCCUCUGUUUCAGCAGGAGUUCGGGACUGAGUAAGAGGAGCAGAAAUUUGCCCAGCAGAAGUUGCUCUGAAUCAGAGCUCCACAUCCACCAUGUUGCCCUGCGGAACGGCUCUGUCCUUUAUUCGGUGUCUGGUGCGGAAGAAGAACAUCGGUGGCGAAAGCCUUGAGGACACCAAGCUGUGCCGAUGCUUAUCAACACUGGACCUCAUAGCCCUGGGAGUAGGGAGUACCCUUGGUGCUGGUGUUUAUGUCCUCGCUGGAGAAGUAGCCAAAUCUGAUUCUGGACCUAGCAUCAUUGUUUCCUUCCUCAUUGCUGCCAUCGCGUCUGUGAUGGCAGGUCUCUGCUAUGCCGAGUUUGGCGCUCGUGUUCCCAAGACUGGCUCUGCGUACUUGUACACUUACGUUACAGUAGGUGAACUGUGGGCUUUUAUCACUGGCUGGAAUCUCGUUUUAUCCUAUAUUAUAGGUACAUCAAGUGUAGCAAGAGCCUGGAGUGGCACCUUUGAUGAACUUCUUGGAAAACGGAUUGGUCAUUUCUUCAGUGCCUACUUCAAAAUGAAUUACUCUGGGCUAGCAGAGUAUCCUGACUUCUUUGCUGUACUCCUUAUAUUACUUUUAUCAGGUCUUUUAUCUUUUGGAGUAAAAGAGUCUGCAUGGGUGAAUAGAAUUUUCACUGCUAUUAACAUCUUGGUCCUAGUCUUCGUUAUUAUUUCUGGUUUUGUGAAAGGUGAAGCUGACAACUGGAAGAAAAGUGAAGAAUAUCUCAGAAACUUUACUGCAGUAACAGAGAACUGCUCAUCCUAUGAAAAUGUGACGAGUAUGUAUGGGAGUGGUGGCUUUAUGCCAUAUGGUUUCACAGGAACUUUGGCUGGUGCUGCAACCUGUUUUUAUGCUUUUGUUGGAUUUGACUGCAUUGCAACAACUGGAGAAGAGGUCAAGAAUCCUCAGAAAGCCAUACCCAUAGGAAUUGUGGUGUCCCUACUUGUCUGCUUCAUGGCCUAUUGCUUGGUUUCAGCUGCACUGACACUUAUGAUGCCAUACUAUCUGCUAGAUGAGAAAAGUCCUCUGCCAGUAGCGUUUGAAUAUGUUGGAUGGGGUCCUGCUAAAUACGUUGUAGCAGUGGGAUCCCUCUGUGCUUUGUCUACAAGUCUUCUUGGAUCCAUUUUCCCAAUACCACGUGUAAUCUAUGCUAUGGCGAAGGAUGGGUUGCUUUUCAAAUGUCUAGCUCAAAUCAAUUCCAAAACGAAGACCCCACUAGUUGCUACUCUAUCGUCUGGUGCAGUAGCAGCUGUAAUGGCAUUUCUGUUUGACCUAAAGGCAUUAGUGGACAUGAUGUCUAUUGGCACCCUUCUUGCUUAUUCACUUGUGGCAACCUGUGUCCUCAUUCUUAGGUACCAACCCACCUAUGAGGAACCAAAAUACUCUCCAGAAAAAGCAGCUUUGGCUGCAGCUGAAAGGGAAUCUGCAGUAAGUGAGUCACAGAUAAACAUGAUAGAAGAGAAUCACUUCCGUCUUCAGGCCUUGAUUAAUCCAUCCAGUUUACCCACUGAGCAGACUGCAACUAUAGUUAACUUCUUAGUGGGCCUCUUAGCUUUCUUGAUUUGUGGCUUGAGUGUCCUCAUUACAUAUGGGAUUCAUUUCAUUGCUAACUUGGAGCCCUGGAGUAUUGGCCUUCUUGCUUUAUUGGUGAUAUCCUUCAUAGUUACCAUUCUCCUCAUCCAAAGGCAGCCUCAGAACCAGCAGAAAGUAGCCUUUAUGGUCCCACUAUUGCCAUUUUUGCCAUCAUUCAGUAUACUGGUAAAUAUUUACUUGAUGGUACAAUUAAGUGGAGAGACUUGGAUGAGAUUUAGCUUCUGGAUGUUACUUGGUUUCCUCAUUUACUUUGCUUACGGCAUCAGACACAGUGUUGAAGGUCAUCGUGGUAAUGGAGAUGAUGAUUCUUGUUCAGAAAAUAGUGGGAUGCAAGAAAAAAACCCAGUGGAUGACCCUGAAAAUGCAAAUGAAAGGGAUCAAUUUCUUCCACAUGAAAGGACAAGUGAAUGUUAAACUCUGCAAACACACAAAUCUUUUAAACCUUCAAUUGGCAUUUUACUUGCAGACUGAAAUUUCAGAAGCUUUCUGCCAACAUGUGCCUCUUGAAAGUGUUUACUACAAGGCCUGACUGAUAUUUUGGAGAAGCUGCUAAUCCAUCUUCAUAAUUUCAGAACUUACAGCAUGGAGAUUAAUAUUUAAAUUUUUUUUAGAAGUACCCUUUGGCAAGCAAAAAUUUGGAGACAUUGUUUGAAGUGUCAUUCAAAAUCACUGUCAAUCAUCGGAUAUGAAGAAUUUUAGAACUGUCUGAAAGAAGUUCUGAGUAUUUGAAAAUCCACUGUGAACAUAAGUGCCUUUCAUACUCUUGCUUAUCGUUGUUAUGUGUUUUGGUAACAAUCUAAAUUCUCUUCCUUCUGUUGAAGUAACUCAUGGGAGAUAAAUUUCAUUCAUACAGACCUGGAAAGUAUUUGCAAAAUGAAUGGUAAUGACAUGGAUUAGAUACUUUGUAAAAAUUAGAGGAGCAUUUAUUUAUGAGAAAAAAGUAAUUGCUUAUCUUUAUUAAUCAUGACUAUUAAUCUGUAGUCAUUGAGAACUCAAGCAGUGAAGAUACUUAAAAGAUUUUUAGUCCCUCUAAACAGCAUUCAAGUUUUCUACUUAAGUGUAUGAAUUUUCUUUGAAGGACGCUUCUCGCAAUAGAAGCUCUUUCGUUUUCUGCAAAAUCAUCAGGGAAAUAAUAUGUUGGUUACAGUAUUGAUAGUGGCAAUCAGAUGUGAUUUAGCAAACUGUGCUUUUGACUUCAGAAGGGCCAGAAUUUCAUCUGACUAAAUAAUUUGCUACUUACCUCCAUCAGUCAUCCAAUUUUCCUCCUUACUACUCGUUUUCCCCUCUAUAUUUUCUCCUUUAUACGUGUUCCAGAAUUGAUAUUGCUGAGAUUAGUGUUACACAUUGCUUCUAUGAAAAAUUAACUAACAAAAUCCCAGUUUUCUUUUCAGAUGGUAGGGGAGGCUAAAAAAACAGAGGUCUGGGUUUUGGAAAAAAAAAAACAACUUAUCAAAACAGUAUUUCAUUGCUUCAUUAAGUCUUAAAAUGUAUGUUAGUGAAGCACUUUUUUGUGAGCCAAGCCUGCAUCCACAAAUCUGUUAAUGUGGGUAUGAUGUCUAAAUGUAAUUUAUGUAAAGAACCAAACUGGUGAAGCAGUGCUGGGUAAACAAUUAUUUUAAUGCUGGUAAAACCAGAAAAUGUUCUUCUUUCAAAUCAUGUUAUCUAUCAAAGGCACCCAGAUAUUUUAACACUUUUUGUCAGCAAGGAGUAGGUUCAAGUCCCAUGAAGGAUUCCACAAUAUGAAGUGAUUUUGCAAGAAUAUAUUUACAAAAAGUCCUUCCCUAGAGUAAGAACAGUCUUGGACUUUGUCGUGGAGAGUUGCAAUCUGUUGCUGGUACUAAGCAUUAGUAUUAAUCUCUGUUGUUAGGUAUAAGAACUUCGAUGCCAUGAGAGCUAUGUUGGUUGACAGUGAAGAGCACCUUACUUUUUAUAAUGGCUGGAAUUUUAUGGGGAAAAAAAAAAAAAGAAAAAACAAACUAGUUAGGUUGCUUCUGUCUCUCUCCUUUUUCAGAGAAAUAAGUUGCUCUUUUUAAUCUUAAAAUCACUUCUUUCAUGGUAGUCUUAAAUCCUCAGCUUCAAAAAAAGCCAUUGCUGUGGGAGCAAGUCAGCCACGCCCAUGUGAAGAUUUUGCAUGAUGUCUUUACAGGCCUACAGUGAAACACAGUUCUUAAAAUUCCUUCCACAUCUCAGCAUGUGGGAAGCACAGACUUACUUUUUGCUAUGGUUGUUGAUGCCAUAGAGCAGGCCAGCCAGGCUCCCAGGGCACAAGCUGCUGCUGUUCUGUGCUGUACUAGGAAGACUCCAUUUCCUCCCAAGGCCAUCCUAGAGAAUGUAUGUGUGCACACCUGUCCAUGCAUUUGCAUCUGUCUGAAAUUAGCCCAUAGCGAAUUUGAUGUACUGGUUAAAAUAAUUUCUGUAUUGCACUGGACUUCUCCUUUCAAGGGAUACUGCCAAUACACUUAGCUUCUGACUAAAGCAAGUGCUAGCUAAGGCCUCUGGAGAGAACUAAAAGAAGUAAAUUUUCUAGCUUAUUUACCUGAUGAAUGUGUCAGCCCUUUGUGUAUUGACAAAUUCCCCUUUCACUUGUAUGAAUAUUUCUCUCCACUUGUUAGCAAAAUUAAUUAUUUUAAAAUAAUAGGAUGCACCUGUACAAGUGUUGCUAAGACAGAUGGGAGGAGCUGCAGCACCAGAACUAUCCACAUAACUAAUGAGAUAUAAAAUGAAAUUAAAGGAAAGGCAUUGGGUACUCUUAGUUGCUUCAGCUGUGGAAAGCUUAUUUAUACGUGUGUAUAGUCAUUAUGAGUCAGUGGCUGAGUGAAAACAGACAAGCCAGAAGUAAGAUAUUUAUGGUAAAUUUGAUGUGCGUUUGUAUAUGCAGUGUUAAAAUUCCAGAUGCUUUAGCAGGACUCUGCAGAAGCAAAGGACAUGCCUUGCUAGUCCUUACACAGAAGCAAUGGAUGCAAGAAAUCCUGAUCCUUUUCUCACGUUUGCUGUAUCUCUGCACUUGCUGAAAGAUCAGCUGAAACCACAAGUCCAUUGGAAUUAAAUCAUUGUUAUUUUUUAACACAGUUGUUGGUAUUGUAAAUUGUUCUGUGCGUAAUAAUGGUACAUAUGGUAAUAAUGGUACAUAUUAAUACAAAAUAUCUACUUUUGAAGGUAACUUAUUGGGUUAUUAUUUCCUUUGCAGAAAAAAGUUCUUAGAAGAUUUUUUUUGGGUUUUUUUUUUUUUUUUUUUUUUUUGUACAUUCAGGAUAUGCCAUUAGAUAAAAGAAUUAUUCUUCCCUAGUUGGCUUUAAGAAAGUAAGCCAAAGUAUAUUUAAAACAGAACAAAUAAAUCUUUUUGUUCUGAUGUAUAGGAGUUAUAAAACAUUUCUGAAUAACUGACGUUAACUAAAGUGGUCUUCCUGUGGUAUUCCAGUCCUCAUUCUGCAAUGGGAUUUUUAUGCGGUAACUUAGAUUUCAUUGUCUGUUGUCAUGGAUAAAACUAUUCUGUUAAUAAUAGUAUGCUUUUUCCUGCACAACAAAUGCUGGUCAGGUUCCUGAAAUCUGUCAUUGUGCUUAUGUUGCCAAGUGUUAAAGCCAAUUUUAUUACCUGCUGUUGGAGAACCAGCAGCAAGAAAUGUCAGUCCUAGUGAUACAGAGUUACGUAAGCAGGAAUUGACUUGUGUCAUCCAGAAACUUUGAAUGAUACAAUGAAUUUAGAAGCAAAGCUUGGUAAAGCUUAAAUAUAUAUUCUGUAUUUUAUUACAUGAUAAAUUUACAAGUCUAGUCACCUUUCCCCUAAAAUUUAUGGAAAAAAAAGGAGAUAUAUUUAAGAAAUAUAAGGUAAUGUUUUCAUAGAAUUUUUAAUAAGUGCCAAUAUCAAUGUGCCAUAAGCAUCCUGAGGGGGUGACAGUGCAGGAAACCUGCGUGGGACUGUGCAAUUGGGUAUGAGGCCUUUGACACUGAGACACAUUUUUUUACAGUAGGAAUUUAAUUCACAAGAAGUCUGGUGUGUCUUACUUGAGUGUAUAAAGAGAAAAUGAAAGCACCUUUUUAAUGCUCUUAGGCCCUAAUUCUUCCUGGACAUGCUGGGAAGUCUGUAUGAGUAGCAGUAUGUUCACUGAAAGCACUGAGGUUACUCAGUGUUAAGCAAAUACAAAUUUUACAGAAAGAGCGGGUGGUAUUUCAUAUAGUGUAGGAUCUUGAUGUUUGUUUUUAAUUUCCUGUACCUUUAGUAUUUCUUUCUGGUAUGUUUUGAGGACCUCUGCAUUUUUAAUAGUUGGACCUUUUCAAAACUAAAUACAAUGCCUUUACCCGGUGCUGAUCUAUUUUCCGUUUGAUCUUAAAAACCAAACUCCUUACAUGAGCUGAGUUGAAGGAUUUCUGUGCAUGGACAUGCAGACAUGCAAUACAAAGAACUGUAUAUGUAUAUAUUUUUUUUAUUGUCAGUUGGAUAAAUUCUGUUGUUUUUCUGUGUUUUCUUGAGCCUUGUACGAGGUCAACUCCAGCUUCACCAAGUUUAGUUGGAGUAAGAACAUGAGGAUUUCAAUAUUUAGGAGAGCUUUUUUCUUUUGUGGUAUCAGAAAGUAAAGCAUGAAAUAUGUGUUACAUAUCUUUAAAAACAAUUAUGUGUGAAUCAUUUUAUAAAAAUUAGCAUUCAUAUCUGUCUUUUCGUUUGUAUGGACAUUUUAGUCAUUUCUGUAUUGUAUGCUGCUGAGCAUUCAAAGUGUAGAUAGGAUGAUUAUGAUGCAAUUUAAACUACAAAUUUGUAUUUCUUUGAAGUGCUCUAUCAGAAUGAAAAGUCUUGAAUUUUUAUGAAUGUAAAAUUGCUUGUAUUUAAGAAUAUGGUGCUUUUCCCCCACUUUACAACAGAAUUGUUACCAGUAACAUUUUUAGUUACCUUAGUUCCAAAUUUUAAUGGAAAUUGCAUUGCUCCUCAUUUACUGUAAAACAUGCUUUGUGGGAUAACAAUAGUGCAUUUGUUCCAUAUUUUUAAAUAAAGUUGAAUAUCACUUGUA